AUGUCGGCGUCUUUAGAUUCAUCUUUGGAUCCUAUGGAAGAGAUCCGGUUUCGGAAGAAACAUUCUAGAACGUGGAUGGAAUUGCAGAAAGACACACAUUUCACUUUCGAUGAACUGGAACAAAUCAUGGUUAUAUUUUUCAAAAUUCAGAAACGUGACGAGAAGCCUGCUCCGUCCGAUUUGAUUUCCAGAGCCCAUUUUAGAGACGUGCUUCACACAGGUCUGGGUAUGACGGAUGCUUAUAUGAUGGAACGGGUUAUGGUAGCCCUUGACAGAGGCACUUCACCUUACGUUACUAUGGCAACUUUCGCCAAAGCUCUGUCCCUCUAUUUGCGCGGUGGUCUAGAGGAACGGAUUACGUACGCUUUUACGUGCUACGACUUAUUAAGCGAAGGUUCCUUGAGAAGGGAGACGAUGUAUCAGCUAUUAAAAAAGAGCUUAGCUAAGUCUUCCCGAGAUGAUGACGUUGAAGAAGCAGUUAAAGAGCUUGUUGACAUUAUGUUGAAGCGGAUGGAUGUAGACUUGGAUGGUGUAAUAAACUUUAACGAUUUCCACGAGUCUGUGACCAAAACUCCUCAGUUGCUGGAGAGUCUUGGCUACUGCCUGCCAGAACGACCUGCUGUAUACGCCUUCCUUGCAACUUGGUGUCCAAAUUGGGGCAAAAUGUAG